AUGGACGGAGAGCUCCCAUCUCGUCCCAAAGGCCUGACAAAAUCAGAGUCGGGCGCAUCUUUUGGAGGUGGCUCUGCAAUGUCGGUACCAGUUCUAGGAUCUCAUCCUCUAGGAACUCUCCACGUUCAUCAAGUUAAUGAGACCCAUGAGGAGGAAGACGACGACGAUGACGGCCCACCACCCCUCGAUCCUCCCUCAACACAAGAUGAGAGCCACUCCAGUUCUGCAUAUAAAACGUCACAGCAUGACUCUUCCAAAUCUCUCCACAGUCCGACAUGGGACCCUUUGACACACAACUUAGGAGGUGGCGAUGUGGUUCUUAUCCUUGACUUGCCUGAGGUCUUUACCGUUGGAUAUGACUCUAUAUCAUUCACAGCCAAGCACUUUGGCGGCAUCAGGGAUAUACCUCCAGGAGCUCACUUCUUCUGGGUUGCCCAUCCCGGAGGCCUUUCCGCCCGCUGCGGCUUCUGGGUUGUCGCAAACAACGCCAACACCGUUCAUGUCAUGCAAUGGGAUCGGUUUAAUGAGGUUCUCGGCGACUCUGCCCGUGCUGAGGCACGCAUCCAAGCUGACAACCUCGAGACCAUUCACUCCAAACUAGUCCCUUAUCAAGACCCAACUGCAGUCAAUGCAACCAGUGGUGAUCUGGCUCAAGCUGCUUCGGAAAGGAAUUUCAAUAUGUGGGAGCAGCUGACUGGUAAGGUCAGUGAGAGUCUUCUCAACCGAGUGACUGGACAGAAUUACGACAACUGGACGGUACACACGGGCGAUCGCGUCAAGGGAUCAGUACUCAUGGCUGCUGAGAUGGAACUCGAUAACUCGCUCUCAAAUCCUAUGCUCAAGUCGCGUGAGCUCAAUUUCGCCUUCAGUCAGCGGACAAAGACAUACUCGACAGACAACACUGGCGCUGAACGGACCCUUGAGGCCACAGACGCAACUCCCUACAUACUAUCAUUGGUCGACGCAUCUGACAACGACCUUACAUCCGAAGAUCUGGUUGGCGAAUUCCAGUUCUCCUUCGUUGUGGGUGUGCACCUUGGCAACGAUUCAUGCAUCCAGCAGUGGUGGCACAUGCUCCUCAAGAUAUUCCUCCGGGCUCACCUUCUUCCUGCCCGCCGGCCGUCCCUCGCUGCCGCUUUCAUUCGUACUCUGACGGCUCAACUCACAUACAGCGCUUCUUGGCUUGAAGGUUCGAUCCUGGAUUCUGCUGAGUCACAAACCCGGGAUUUGCGACUCGCUCUUACUGUCUACAAACGCCGCCUCGAGGAACUCAUGCAAGGUCUGGGAAGCCAAGCCACACCUGAGCAGCUCAGCGUCGCCACAGCGUUUGCGGGCCUCGAGGCUGUUGCAACAGGCACGCUGGAUUGGGAUCUACGAGGAGAUUACUUGCGCCGUGGUAAUGUCAUGAUGGAGGAUGGUGAGGAGGUUGAGCUAGAAGAUGCCGACAUGGCAGCUGAAGAUGAACGUGGCGAGUGGGCACCAGAGAUUGUUGAUCUGGAUGAAUCUGGGAGACAACGUGAUUUGAUCUCGUGGAAUGAUUAA